GGCUGGACGUGUCACUUUUUACCUUGAAAAAGACCAGCCUCCAUUCCAAGGAAAUUCCUGCAAAUAAAUGACAAACUCCAUGCCCACUCCACCGCCUAACCCAUCCGCCUCUUUUUUUGUGCAUUUAUAUCUUAGUUAUGAAAAUUUAACCGUUAAAAACACCCGCCAUAUCAGUGUUUAGCUGUAGCAUAAUAGUACUAAAAAUUUUCAUGGUGUUGGCUAAAUCACAACCAGGGAAGAAAAAGAAAAACUUGGCCAUACAUGAGUUAAUGGAGACUGGAGAGUUAGGUAAAAUCCCAAAAAAAGAAAAGCUACAUCUGUCUUUCCUAUUACCAGUCUAUUAAUUUAAUUGAGUUCGUUCAUUUUUUUGUCAUGUACUUAAAUUAUUCUCUGCCAAUAUAUUUUGAUUCAAACAUUUUCACUGUCAUUUCAGUUUUGUCUCAUUGCAUGAUUUUGACAAGAAAAGUACGUUUCUAGAGAGACUUUUAACCAUGUUUUGCUAUCUGGGUUUACACCAAAUUUCAUUAUUGUACUCUACUUUGUUUUGUUUUUUUUGUAUUACUAUUUCUUUUGGCAUAGAAAGUGUGAUUGUUUCAGUUAUGGGGUUUCAGGCAGCAUUAUAGCUGUGGUUAUUUGUAAUUCUUUUCAGUUUCUUGUGCUUGAAAAAGGGUUCUAAUAAGUUUUUUCUAACGGUAGCUAGUUGUUGCCAUUGGGUUCAAAGUUGUUCAAUUCAUGAGUCUUGGAAGCAAAGUGUCAAAACUAUCUGCAGUUGUUGUAGAAGCUGGAAAGUUUUUGUGCUGGAAAAUGGGUUUCAAUAAGUUUCAGAAGAGUUACUAGUUGUGUUUAAGUUGUUCUAAUUUUUAUUCUUCGAAAAGGGUGUUUAAGUUGUGUUUACUAGGUGUCAUGGCAUCUGCUGUUUCUUUACGGGUAUCGCCUUGUUUUGGGACAAAUUCAGCGUAUAAGCCUCGUGUGCGAGUGAGAGCUGAGAGAUUAGGUGGUAGUGAUUUGUCAGUGUCAUCUGAUGGGGUCUCAGUGAAUGAAACAGGUUCUGUAAGGGUAGAGAAAGAGAAAAAAGGGUCUUCGCCUGAUGGUGGGAAUGGGGGGUUAAAGUCUAGAAUUGAGAAAAUUGUGGUGAAAGAAAUGGUUUCUGAAGAAUUGGAAGUAUUGUGGGAUGAUGGUUAUGGAAUUAAAACUGUGAAAGAUUAUCUCGAUGCAGCAAAGUACAUGAUUAAGCCUGAUGGUGGACCACCAAGGUGGUUUUGCCCCGCUGAGUGCGGGCGUCCUAUAAAAGGUUCUCCUGCCCUUCUGUUUUUACCUGGGCUUGAUGGUGUUGGGAUGGGCCUUAUUUUGCACCAUAAAGCUCUUGGAAAGGUUUUUGAAGUUCAGUGCCUUCAUAUUCCUGUCCAUGAUCGAACACCAUUUGAAGGACUGGUGAAACUUGUUGAAGAAACUAUUAGACUUGAGAAUGCUUCACGUCCGAAUAGUCCAAUCUAUUUGGUGGGAGAUUCCUUUGGAGGAUGCUUAGCACUUGCUGUUGCUGCUCGUAAUCCCAAUAUUGAUUUAGUGGUGAUAUUAGCAAAUCCAGGUGAACCAUUGAAAAUGGCAGCAGUUGGUAUUGACAGUAAGCUUCCCACAACACAGAAAAUUGAGCAAUUGUCUGGCAACCUCUCUGCUUUGCUUCCCCUUCUUUCUGGUUUGGCUGAUAUUAUACCAAAGGAGACUCUCAUUUGGAAGUUGAAGUUGCUUAAAUCAGCUUCAGCUUAUGCUAAUUCGCGUCUCCAUGCUGUAAAAGCUGAAGUACUAGUGCUUGCUAGUGACAAGGAUAACAUGCUUCCUAGUCGAGAAGAAGCUCAACGUCUUAAGAAUUUAUUACCAAAUUGCAUAAUUCGUUGCUUUGAAGACAAUGGACACACUCUUUUUCUGGAAGAUAGCAUGAAUUUACUGACUGUCAUUAAAGGAACUUGCAAAUACCGCCGUUCCAGAAGGCAUGAUUUUACCUCAGAUUUUCUGCCUCCCAGCAUGUCAGAGUACAGAUAUGCUUUUGAUGUGGUAUCUGGAUUAAUACGUUUUGCAUCUUGUUCCGCUAUGUUCUCAACCAUGGAAGAUGGAAAGAUAGUGGAGGGACUUGCAGGGGUUCCAGAUGAGGGUCCUGUGUUGUUAGUUGGUUACCAUAUGUUGAUGGGGUUGGAACUUUCUUGUCUUACUGAAGCGUUCUUAAGAGAAAAGAAGAUUAUGGUCCGUGGAGUAGCGCAUCCAGAGUGGUUUUGGGGAAAACUUCAAAAUUCAUCUUAUCAAUUUUCUUUCUCUGAUUGGAUGAAAGUAAUGGGUGCAUUACCUGUCACAGCAACCAAUCUUUUCAAAGCUUUGUCUGCAAAAUCCCAUGUUCUUCUUUAUCCUGGUGGUGCACGUGAGGCCCUCCAUCAUAAGGGUGAACAAUAUAAACUAUUUUGGCCUAAUAAACCAGAAUUUGUAAGAAUGGCAGCACGAUUUGGGGCCACGAUUGUGCCUUUUGGUACCGUAGGAGAAGAUGAUAUAGUAGAACUGGUUCUUGAUUACCAUGACCUGAUGAACAUCCCUGUGGUUAAUGAUAUAAUCAAAGACGCCAGUCGGGAUGGUAUAAAAAUAAGGGAUGAAACAAAGGGAGAGGUUGGCAAUCAAGAGCUGUUUAUUCCAGGGUUGUUACCCAAGAUACCAGGCCGCUUUUACUACCUGUUUGGAAAGCCGAUAAAAUUGAAGGGAAGGGAAGAUUUGCUGGUGGACAGAGAAGAUGCAAAUGAAAUGUAUUUGCAGGUAAAGUCAGAAGUUGAACAAUGUAUUGCUUACUUGUUGAAGAAGAGGGAGGAGGACCCUUACAGGAGUAUAAUCGAUAGAACAAUCUAUCGUGCACUCUAUGCUCCUCUAGACCAAGUUCCAUCAUUCAAGGCCUAGAAAAAUUACUCUGCUCACUCAGAUGCAUCUUGAUUCUUUGAUGGGCUUAUUUUUCUACACUCUUUGUAUGAUAGGAUAGCCAUGGUCAAUCCUAUGUUGCACAAUAUUACAAAUUUGCAAAUAAAAAUGAAAAGAAGAUAUUGGUUUGGUCAUGUACUUGGUUCAUGCAAUCAUCCGGCAUUCAAAUCUACGAUUUAAAUUCUAUAUCUGCAACUUUUUUUUGUCUUCCUUGAGUAUAGUAUCUUUGAAUUAUGAGUGUAAUCGAAUC